CUCCGGCUGUGAAGAUGUUGGCUCUACUGAUGAUGAUGAUGUCUUCAGGGUUUUUCAUCCCCGGCUUUGCCCUCAGCUCUCAUUUCAGCUCAGAUGGUGCUCCACUGAGUGAGCUGUCCUGGUCAUCGUCCCUGGCUGUGGUGGCCAUCUCGUUCUCUGGUCUCUUCACCUUUGUCUUCCUCAUGCUGGCCUGCCUCUGCUGCAAGAAGGGCAAGAUUGGCUUCAAGGAAUUCAAGAAUGUGGAUGGGGAUGAGUACCAUGCAGACAUGUCCACCUUGGCCUCUCCGGCCUCCCAGGGCAGCCCUGAUGUGUACAUCCUACCGCUCACUGAGGUGUCCCUGCCUGUCGCCAAGCAACCUGCUCGAUCAGUCCAACUCCUGAAAUCCACGGAUCUCAGCCGCCACAGUCUUCUCUACCUGAAAGAGAUCGGGAAUGGCUGGUUCGGGAAGGUUCUUCUGGGGGAGGUGAACGUGGGCCUGAAUACCACCCAAGUGGUGGUCAAGGAACUGAAAGCCAGUGCCAGUGUGCAGGACCAGAUGCACUUCCUAGAAGAAGCACAGCCUUUCCGUGCCCUCCAGCAUCCUGCUCUGCUGCAGUGUCUUGCCCAGUGCACCGAGGUCACUCCCUACUUGUUGGUGAUGGAGUUUUGUCCUCUGGGGGAUGUGAAGGGUUAUCUCCGAAGCUGCAGAACCUCUGAAACCAUGACCCCAGAGCCCCUGAUUCUUCAAAGGAUGGCCUGUGACAUCGCCUCAGGGCUCCUGCACCUGCACAAACACAACUUCACACACAGUGACCUGGCUUUAAGGAACUGCUUGCUGACGGCUGAUGUCUCAGUGAAGAUCGGAGAUUAUGGUCUGGCCCACACAAAGUACAAGGAUGAUUAUUAUGUGACAUCAGAUCAGAUGUAUGUGCCCCUGCGCUGGAUUGCUCCGGAGCUGGUGGACGAGGUGCAUGGAAACGUGCUGGUGGCAGACCAGACCCAACAGAGCAACAUCUGGUCUCUUGGUGUGACAAUAUGGGAGCUGUUUGAGCUGGGAAACCAGCCCUACAGACACUAUUCUGACAGGCAGGUACUGACCUAUGCUGUUAGGGAGCAGCAGCUGCGACUGCCCAAACCGCUGCUCAAAGUGCCCCUAGCUGAGCGCUGGUAUGAGGUGAUGCAGUUCUGCUGGCUCCAGCCUGAUCAGAGACCCACAGCAGAGGAAGUUCACUUGCUGCUCAGCUACCUAUGUGCCAAGGGGGCCAGUGAGGCCGAAGAGGACUUUGAGAAGCGUUGGAACUCCCUGCGUCCCAAUACUGGAUUCAGCAGUCAGCGUGGUACUUCAGCAAUGUCACAGGACCACCCCUCAUCAACCUCCUCAUCUUUCCCACUCUUAGAACUUUUUUCAGCUGGUGAUGGCUACCAAUCAGAGUCUGGGGAUGACAUACUAACGGUCACUGAGACCAGCCAUGGCCUAAACUUUGAGUACAAGUGGGAGCAAGCCACGGCAGACCAGUCAUAUAGAACCCCAGACACUUCUAGUACCUUGGGUCAGGUAAACCAUCAUUGUCAGGAAGCAUUUUACCCACCUGGAGGCAUUGUGGGAGGCUGCCCUAUGGAAAGUCUGAGCCAUGGAGCUUCUCCUUCAUACUAUCAACCAAAACAUCUACACGCUCCAGGUGUACUUCCUGUCCUCAGUGCCCAUAGCCCCUCAGUAAACAGUGAAUACUACAUUCGCAUUGAGGAGCCAGUAGACUGUAACAUUGAUCUGGACUACACCAUGGCCUCCUACAGCCCAGACUACCAGGGCAGCAGUGGGAGCUUCCUGACUGGAAGUGCAGACUCGGGUGAGUGCAUGGCCUGCCCAUCACAGGCUAAAAGCAUGGCUCCUUAUUGGUCAGCUGACAUCCAUAAAUCUGACAUGUAUGACUCCAAUGACUCAAGUCCUGCCAUCUCCCUGACGAUGGAACCCCUUUUAGGUCAAGUGUCGGAUAACAGCCCCCUACGACCCUGGGAGUCUAGUCACUAUGUGUCCUAUAAAGAUCGAGAUGGGGGUUACUACUAUGAUCACUCACCACCUUUGGGAAUAGAUCACUAUUUUAUUGGAGGUGAGCACUCCAGUGAGCAUCAUCAGGAAAGCUGGGGGUCAAGAAGCCUGCGUCAGGCUUUGGGUGAGUUGGAAAACCCGCUAGGAAUAUCCCCAUCUGUAAACAGUCUGCCUCAACAGGUUUACCGAGAUGCAUACUUGGACACAAGUCAGACAUCCAUCAUAGGAAAGAAUGUAACUGGAGGCUAUUAUGACAUGAUGGGUUCCCUGAGGAAGACUAUGCCCAGCCACACAAGACACAACAGCCACUCUGUCAGUAUCAACAUGGAGACUCAGGGGGCCCUCUUCAUUGGACACAGAGACAGUGAUUCGGAAGAGGAAGAAGAGGACAUAUUUGUUGAGAGACACACUUGUAAUACUUGGCCUUCAAAGCACCGCCACAGCAGUGCAGGUCACCAGAGACGGGCGAGCCAUAGUUGCCGACAGGACACUUACGCUGACUUCCAUUAUACGAUGCCAAGUACAGACAUCGAGGAUUCCUGGCCAGAAGGGCACAGCAUGGCCUUCCACUCUCUACCCAAACCCAUUGAUUAUCUUGAGCCACACCAGGUCAAAGAUAACAGUGCCUGCCUCGGUUUGAGUAAACAUCAUGCUAUGGUGCCCUCAGAAAACUGCAAUACCUACAUCUACCUGUGCCAUGAAGGUGAGACUCAGGUGCCAACAUCUGGAGAGUGUUGCCACUCACACUUUGUUGACCCACUCACUGGCUUGCUAGUUAGAAACACUGGCUUCUGCCACAACUACAGUCACACUAACUACAGAGAUAAAGUCAUUGACAUGCCAAGCAAUGAAGAGAUGAUCAAUCUGUCACCAGCUCCAGGGGGUCCCAUUGUGGCCAAAUCUACUCUGAAAAAGUCUGAGGACUGUGGAGAACAGUAUGUUGAUCUUACAACCGAUGAGCUCCAGUUUAAAGAGAAGAGGGAGGAUGUAAUCAAGGAAAUCACACAAAAACUGCCAGAACCUAGAAAAGAAGCGGUGACUCUGACAAUGACUAAAGCCACUCAAGCCACUCCACCUCCUGAUGAUAACGUGCAUGUGAUGGUGGCCAUCACAGAUCCACAGUCAGAAUUGAGUCACACCAGUGACAGUGGUGUUGACCGUGGAGGCUCCAAUGUCAGCCUCGCUGACAUCCUUGACUGCAGUGACGAUGAUGAAGAAGAAGAUAUCACAGACGACAUCACUGAUGUUACCUCAGGCAUCUUCGCUGAUGAGUCCAGCGAGCUGAAUGCUUCCCCUGCCUUCAAGUUGCUACAAAAGCAGGUGGGAACACCUGACUCCAUGGAUUCCAUGGAUCUGCCAUCUGUAGCUGGCUCUUGUGAAGGCUCCAGCCCUGCAUCCUCCCACCCCUCGAACUCACCUAAAGCUAUGGACAGUGGCUAUGACACAGAGAAUAACGAGAGCCCCGAGUUUGUUCCCAAGGAACCUCAUGAACCCCGUGAACAGCCUUUGGCAAAACCUACCCUUGAUGUCAGUCUGGAGGAGGACGAGGUGCUGGAGGAGCAUGGACCUGAAGCUAAAGCGGUGCCCACAGAGGGUGAGCAUUUAUUGGGUGAAGAUUUGGCACUAGCAGCCUCACAGACAGGUGACCCCAUUCUGUUACCAUUGAGCGAUAAGACUCCAUACAGAGACUCUGCCUACUUUUCAGACUAUGAGAAUGAAAAGCAGAGUCGGGAUGAGAGAGAAGAACUCCAAAUGGGCAAAGCAGAUGAAGAAAAUGUUGAAAAAGAACCAGACAUUGCAGAAAAGAAGGCUGCAAAAAGGAAAAGUGAAGAAGAGGAAGAACAACAGGAUGCUGUGGCAAACAAGGACAUAAAACUUGAAAUGAAGCAAAGAUUACCAAACACAACAGAAUUCUCUUCUCCACCAGAUGCUGAGGAGUACUUGACAGAGGAAUGCUGCCAAGAUGAGACAUUAGGGCUUCCUCCAGAGCCUUCUGAUACUGAGGGAGCACUGGAUGAAUGGCCAUCACAGGAAGAGAGCUCAUCUUUGGGAGACUGGGCAGCUGAGGUGGUUGGGGCCAUGGAAGAAGCUCUCGGUGCCCUGAAUGGAGAUUGUGCCACCAGUGUGAAGGUAGAUAAGGAGGAAGCAGAUGACAUAAAAGACUCUGCUCAAAGUUCAGAAACUGCAAAGGAGCCAGCAAUCAAGACAAGUCAGAACAGGCUGUCAGGGACAUCUGGUGAAAUCCUACACACUUUACCCAAAGAUGAGGUAGCCUUGCAGCACACGGCAAACACCAGACGGUUUUCUUCUUCCUCUCCACCACCUCCACCCACCCCUCCACCUCCACUCCCUGCAACAGAGGGCCGAGUAUCUCCAGCCGACGGGGAAGAGGCCGAUGAGGAGGACGGUGAUACCGAUGAUAGUGACGAGUCAGACGAGGAACUGCGAACCUACAAUAUGCAGGAACAGAGCGGAGGGGAAGAGAGUGAGGAAGAGUGCCACCCAGUGCCUAUUGUGGUGAGCGACAACAGUGAGGCCCACAAACUGCGCAGCCUGCUCAAGAUGCCAACCUUGCUCACUGCAGAGAACCUGGAGGAGGAGCUUGAACACAAGAAGAAAACAGUGUCUUUUUUUGAUGAUGUUACCGUGUACCUCUUUGAUCAGGAAAGCCCAACUAAAGAGCUGGCUGAGCACGGCUUCCCUUUAGGAGCAGAAGGUCAGACUUCACAAAGCAAACCCCAAGAGAGGGUUAAUCCCUCAGAUGACUCUUCAGAUGGGAACAUUUCAGAGGAGAGUGCAGGAUUUGAGUGGGAAGAUGACUUCCCCCUACUUCCUCUGCCAACAUCCUCUGCUGCAUCUGACUCCCCUCCAUCCUGUCCCAUCACCAAAACCCCAGACACUAAGCCAGCCAUGCAGUACUCCCGCUUUACUGUCUCUCCCUCCAACGUGUCCCGGUUUUCCAUCACUCAUAUCUCAGACUCUGAUAUGGACUCUGCAGGAGGAAGCAGUGAAGAUGGAGAAAAAGAAUAAGAAGCUGUGGAGAUUUACUGCCUCUUUAUGACAACAACUUGGCCUACGAGCAUGACUACUGAUUUCAUUUUAAACAUCAGGUUUUAGAAACAAGACAGUGCCUCUUACCCCCCGUGGACACUUUUGAAAGGUCCGUCUCACCACAAUGUAGGACCGGUCUGAGCUGUUUCGAAUAUUGAAAAGAGAACGGUUAAUAUAUAACAUUUCCAGAAUAUUAAUAUAUACAGUAUGUAUGAUGAGUUUAAGAAACCAGGGGAAACUUGUAUGUUAAAUUCUACAUAUUUUUUGGAACAAAGUAGAAGGACAGGACCUUUGAAAAGCAUUGCAUUUGCCAUUUCAUUCACUUUCUGAUUUAUGAUGGGAGCAUUCAUAAGCAUGUGGAGUCACCUGGACUUUAUAAACUGACACAAUGUCAGCUUUUGGACUUUUCAACAAAGGAUGAGCACUUUGAACAAGACUGCAUAGCUCCACAGACUUUAUAGUUUUUAGGAAAUGGUUUUACUUGUAUUAAUGAAUAUCAACAAGAAUCUUUGAAGUAUCACAAGUAAUAUAACGUCAGUAUUUGGGAUUAUUCAAAGGCGUGCUGGAAGGAAGCAGAGGGAAUCCUAAUGGCUGUCUGGUUACACAAUGUUUUCUUUUUUGAGGAAACAGCUGAGCAAACCUUGACCACCUAAUAUUUUCUGAUUUCUUACAUUGUUGCAUCAGAACCAACUGUACUGUUUUACAUGAAUAUCAUUCUCUUUACCAAACUGAGUCACAGCACCACAAGCACAGCCAACCCCUCUUUACUGGAAGCAUCAGACAUAACAUUGAGACCAUAAUGGCCAGAAGUAAUGAGGACAUUUCAGAUUGAAUUCUUAUUAAAGUUUUCGUAUAAUAUAGCAAUGCAUGGUUUGAAGUCACUACAAAAUAGUAGUUGUAAAAAUUUGUUGCUAUGAAACAAAAGGAAAGAGAUUUUUUUUUUGUUUGUUUGUUACACGUGUUCAUUAAAAUCUAUUUGUGCUCCUCAUCUAAAAGAAAUUGGCAUUUGAAAAAGUAAAACAAAUAGUGAUAUGGGCCAGUAGGGGUGGGCAAUAUGAAUGAAAUUUUUUAUCAUGGCAUGUGUGCACUGGAUCUUAAGCUCUAAAGUGGAGACAACAUGUCUGUUUUUGGUUAACCAGCAAAUACCUGACACAAAAAGUCAUUUCAUCACAUUGAUGCAAAGCUACUGUUAAUUCAACAUUGCUAGAAAGCAGUAAUACUCACUGAUGUGCACCAAGAUCUAGUAUGGCCUACUUCAAUCCAAGGUACUCAAGGUAUAUAUAAUUCUUUUCCACCAACAUGGUGCUGGUUCACAGUCUAGAACCACUUCGUGUAAAAAAAGUUAAUGACAAAGCUAAGAAACUGCUGAGCCUGCUGCUAUUUAUAAUAAUGUUUUGGUUUUUUUAAAAACUCGAGGUCAGAGCAUGACCUUCAGCAUGCAUUGGAGUGGCCGGGAUGUGUCAGCACCUCUAAGUCUGAGGCUCUAGUUCUGUCCUAUUCGUGAGAAGGUGGAACAUGAGAUGGAUUGGUUAAGCUUCAUCAGUAAUGUGUGUGAAGUGCUGGACUGUUGUGAUGAAGAGAGAAGCUUUACCAGCCCAUCUACGCUCCAACCGUCACCCCCUGGUCAUGAGGGGUAAUGACUGGAAGGCAGUCCAAAUGAGUUUCCUCUGUUGGGUGGCAGGGCUCAGUUUUAGAGACAGGAUGAUCUGAACAUCCAGAGGGAGCAGGACAGACAGCUGCUGUUUCUUCACGUUGAAAGCAGCCAGUUGAGGUGGUUCAGGUAUCUGAUUAGGGUACCACCUGUGCACUUCUCUUUGGAGGUUAUCCAGACUUAUUGAGACGUGAGGGUAGACCCAGAACCCCCUGGAUACAUCUCACCUGGCCAAACAAACUGGAAAGUGUUGCUGGGAAUCAGGAUGCCUGGAGUACCCUGCUGAGCCUGCUGCCACCAUUAAUUACCACCAUUAAUUAACUUUAGACAAGAGAAGAUAAUGGAUGGAUGGUUUGAUUAAUAACUCAUCCAUCUUGAAAUUGGAGUUCAGAAGUGUAGCUGCUUUGAUAAUGAUGGUCACAUCUGCCCCAACAAUAGCAUGACAGAGUCAAAAACCAAUGGGUUACCUCAGUGUGGCUACAUCCAUCUUUGAUACACAAUCUAUGACUCUGCUGCUGAAAAACUGGUUGUCACACCUGUCAUAUUGGCUCUCAAUAGGCACCAAGGCAGACGUGUCAGCAGCACCACUUUGGUGGAAAGAGGUAGCAGAUACUAUGGUAGAAAAUUUUUUUCAUUGGUACCGUCACCAUUCACCAUCAUAUUGCUCAGCCCUACAGGCAAAUAUCUCCAGCUACCCAACAGCAUCAAAAUGUUGUUUUUGUCUGCACACAGGUUUGUCUGAAUAAAUGAGCUUUUUGUGUUUGUAAAUUGGCUCAUUACACAUCCAGUAUUUCUCUGCUCAUUUUCUACCAUGUUAUGUUUAGAACCACUGCCUUGCUCCUUGCUGUAUAUUGGCUACUCUGAGCUUGUUUGGAGCAGAUUUGUAUAAUGAUUCUGAUAUUAGAAGAUGAACUGUUUAAGAUCUAAAACAUAAAGUCUGGUCUAAAUGAUAAUAAUUUGGUUUAGUCACAGAGAAGAACAACCCCAAGCUCUGACUGAGUUUCUAUAGCACUCAAAAAUGAAUCAGUUUGAGCCACGCGGCUGUUAAAUGAAUCCUAAUGAGUCUGAUCAGCUUGUUGAAUAGAGGGCUGAUGAUGAUAAUGCUGUCCUGCUUUGCUCUGCGUGUAUCAGUGUGAGGAAGUGAAAGAUUGAUGGAAAAGAAGGACUCCACCUUUGACAAACACCCAGUGAUCAAACAUGUUGUGUCUUAAAUGUUUGUUUGCCUUCCAAGGCUUUAAUAUUCUGUAACACUUUAGGAUAGAAUCAUCUAGCUGGCUGUCAGUAAUAUUUUUGUAUCUCAACAAAAAUACUUUUUAAGAGUAUUGUUGUACUGUAUCUGUGAGGGAGAGAAGAAAAAACUCUGUUCUGUUUAUUGUUGCCAAAGAGUCGCUGUGUUUUUGGUCCGGAGGGGGAAGUCUAGUUUGUGUUUGACCCCAUAAUGAGGACAGUCAGGAGGAUCACUGAUGGUGCACAUUUGCAGGAGAGAUUCUGGUUGGGAUGCUGUCGUAAUGUGUGUCCCUAAAAGGACUCGGUCACAUUAUUACUUUCUGUACCUUCUAUCAAGUAUAAAUAAAACCUGGUUUACACAUGUCAAAAUA